AUGGCGCACAAGAUGCUCGGACAACAAAAGCUUGCCAGACACACUGCAAGUACAAAUCAAGGCUUCUCGAGUGUGAAGGUACGACAAAUGAUCGGAAGCCACAUUUGUCAUAUCGAGGAGGCUACGCGGACAGGGGGUGUCAAGACUCUGGAGUUCGACAACACGCUCAGAUAUUGCAACAUGCUGCUCGCUUCAACUCCCAUAAAGAACAAGCGCAUCAAUCAUUGA